AUGGCAUCCUCCCUUCCCCAAACAAUCCGCUCCGCAUUCUUCCACGACAAAGGCGACCUCCGAAUCGAACAAGUCGAGCAUCCACCUCUCUUACCAGGCCAUAUCGCAAUCGAGAAUAAAUUCUGUGGACUCUGUGGCAGUGAUUUACAUUUUUUCCAUGAGCAGAUGUUUGCGGAUACUUUGAAGACUCCGCAUCCGAUUACGGGGGCCAAUUUGCCGAUUGCGAUGGGACAUGAGUUUUCGGGGGUUGUGAGGGCUGUUGGGGAGGGGUGUAAGGGGGGUUUGAAGGUCGGUGACAAAGUCGCUGUCAUGCCUACGAUUUUCGAUGGGAGCUGUUCAGCUUGUAAGACUGGAGCGACGAAUGUUUGUCGGCAGACGGGGUUUUAUGGGAUCAAUACUAAGACUGGAGGGAUGGGUGACGGGGCUGUGAUUCCGGAGGAUUUGGUUUUUAAGUUGCCGGAGGGCAUCGAUUGUGAUGUUGGAGCACUUGUUGAGCCUUUGGCUGUGGCAUGGCAUGGCAUUAGUCUGGUGCGUGACCAGAUUACGGAGGAUUCGACGGCGUUGAUUAUUGGUGGUGGUCCGAUUGGAGCUGCAACACUUCUUGGACUACGAGCCAAAGGCGUGACUCGGAUCGCGGUGUCCGAGCCAACACUGAGCCGAAGAGAAUUCGCCCUGCAACUAGGAGCCACCGCAUCGUACAAUCCCUUGACCGAUAACGUUCCCGCUGAAGCCCCCAAAUCUCUCGGUGCACCUGAUGGUGUCGACAUGGUGUUCGAUUGCGCAGGCGUUGGACCUACGAUGGAUACCGGGCUCGCGUGCUUGCGUGCCAAAGGCACUCUGAUUAAUCUCUUCGUGUCGACCAAUGCGACAACUUACUAUUCAUUCCCGAUGAUAUCGAAGGAGAUCACCAUGUCCAGUAGCUUGGCAUAUUUAUCGAGCGACUUUAGAGAAGUCAUUGCGGCGAUAGAGACAGGGAAGAUGGAUCCUCGUCCUUUGAUUACGAAGAGGAUCAGGCUGGAGGAUGUUGUCAAGGAAGGGCUGGAAACUUUGACUCAGAAGGAUAAUCAGAAUUGCAAGAUCUUGAUUGAUAUGAGCCUAUAG